CUCAGUCUUCCCAAGGUUCUACCCAUCCCUCCUCUACAAAUACUCCAUCAGUCCUCGGUGUCUGCGUCACUAUGGUCAUCCUGCUGCUGUUGCUGCCGCUGCUCCUCCUGGUCUGGCUGUACUUGGGAUGCUCACCAUGGAGGGUCCCAGGAUCACCCCAGAGUGGCAGAAAGUACCCCCCGCGUCCCCCUCAUCUUCCCUUCCUGGGUAAUAUGUUUGAUCUAGGACGCUCAGAUCUACCUGUCCAUUUCCUGCAACUUUCCCAGAAAUACGGCCCCAUCUUCCGACUGAGCUUCUGGGGGAAAGAUAUUGUUGUGUUGAACAGCGCAGGGUUGAUCCGCGAAGCUCUGGUCAAGAACUGGGCCGAUUUUGCUGGGCGACCCAAGAGCUAUGUUGGUGACCUGAUAUCUUAUGGCGGGAAGGAUUUGUCGCUGGGAGACUACACUGCUGUCUGGAAGGUACAGAGACGCCUCACACACCUUGCCCUACAGAAGAGAGUACGCCAGGGCCUGGACAACCUGCUGGAGGAGGAGGCUGUGAAGCUGUGUCAGGAUUUCCUCCAGCGACGUGGGGAUCCAGUGAAUGUAGCUGAAGAGUUCUCUCUGCGCACGUGCAGGCUGAUUGCAGCAUUGACGUUUGGAAUAAGUUAUGAGCUCUCAGACCCCACAUUUCAGGAAAUCCAUCAAUGUAUAACUAAUAUUGUGAAAUUAUUUGAUUCUCCAGCUGUCAACGCAUUGGACUUUAUCCCAAUUCUCAGGAAACUCCCAAAUGGACCCUUAAAGCAGCUCCUAAAGGCCGUAGAGAAGAGAGACCGCCUGGUGAGAAGUCAGAUGGAGAAGCAUAAGUGUGAUCCCCCUACCGAGGAGUCUCAGGAGGACAUCUUGGAUGAAAUGAUCCGCUUCCUAAAAGAGAAGUGCAAGGCGGACGGCAAUGGCGCCUCCCAGCUGACAGAAGAACACCUUCACAUGGCUGCAGUAGAUCUUCUCAUUGGAGGGACCGAAACCACAGCUUCCACCUUAACCUGGACCGUGGCCUACCUUCUCCAUUACUCAGAGGCCCAGGAGAAAAUUCACAAAGAAAUCAUUGAAGCAGCGGGGCCGGAUCAAUACCCUGCGUACUCGGAGCGUAACAGGUUACCAUAUCUCAGUGCCACCAUCUCAGAGAUGCUUAGAAUGCGUCCAGCGGUUCCCCUUGCAGUUCCACAUUCUGCCACCAGGGACACCAGAAUCGCAGGUUACACUAUUCCCAAAGGGACCAUUGUCAUUCCAAAUGUCUUUGCUGCUCAUCAUGAUCCAACCAUCUGGGAGAAUCCUGAUCGGUUUUGUCCCGAGCGAUUCCUGUCCCAAGCAGAAGGUAACCUCGCCUCGCGCUCCCUCCUUCCGUUCAGUAUGGGCGCCCGGCUUUGUAUCGGAGAGGCUUUGGCCCGUAUGGAGAUAUUUUAUUUUCUCUCUCACCUCUUGAGGGAUUUCUCCUUCUCCUCCCCCUCCCCCAAUAAUCUGCCUGACCUCCAUGGGGUCUUUGGGACGAAUCUGAAGUGCCACCCUUUCCUCGUCCGAGUCCUGCCUCGGGAGAACCUCAUCCUACCACCAGAGACCUUCUGACUCGAUAUGGAUAAAGUCUGACUUUUUCAAGAGUACCUGUCUCCAAUCAGCUGCCAUUUUACAAACUAAGCCAGUAUCCCCCCCUUGGAUUGGCUGGCUGCCUUUUCCUCAACACUUGCUUUGCCUACAAGAUGGCGUCUUCAAGUGUAAGUUUCAUCAUGUUGGAGAGUUUUUUAUUAUUUUUUUCCUAUUGCACAAUCAUUUUACUUUUUAAGCCUAAUAUUUGUGUAUAAAGAAUGUUUAAUAAAUAUUCAGCAGGA